ACUAGUUUUGAGAAACAAAGACUGGGUGAUAGAUAAGAGAAAGGCAAUCCAGAAAGAGCGAGUGAUCCUAGCAGGAGCAGUUGCUACAACACAAGAGACUUUGAGGAAAAGUUGCAACUGCCGUAAAGAAACGAGAACUAAACCAAAAUGCGUGGUCUCUUCUCAUUGGUUGUUGUCCUGCUGGUGGUUCUGAUGGCAGUGACCUCAGAAGCUGGAAAAAAUAAGAAAGAUAAGGGAAAGGGCAAGGGUGGUUCUGACUGCAGUGAGUGGCUGUGGGGUCCCUGCGUGCCCAACAGUGGGGACUGCGGCGUUGGCUCUCGACAGGGCACCUGCCAAGAGGAGACCAAGAAACUCAAGUGCAAAGUUCCCUGCAAUUGGAAGAAGGACUUUGGGGCCGACUGCAAGUACAAGUUCGGAAACUGGGGGGAGUGUGACACUGUCACGGGUGUGAAGAAUCGUUCUGGUACCCUCAAAAAGGCAAUGUACAAUGCUGAGUGCCUGCAGACCAUUCAAGCGUCCAAGCCUUGCUCCCCCAAGACCAAGUCAAAGUCCAAAGGCAAAAAGGGGAAGGGGAAAGAGAACUAAAGAUGUCUCGGCGUGUAGACGCAGUAAAUCCAUCUUCUCUCGGCUCCAGGCUACAGCACAAUCUUCUUUCCAACUUCCUCUUUGCCAACAUUUCUGGACAACUGGCAUUGUGUAACUGCUAAUAAAGACCUGCCUCCUUUUUCAAAAAAAUGUUACAAGACCAAUUCCUUUUUUAAUUGUACAGUACUUUGUGUUUUUGUAGACUCUCAUGUAUGUUAAACACAAAUAGGGGAAAAAUGUAACUGAGGGCUUAUUUUUUAUAAUGCUUCCUUUACAAACAAGAAUGGGGGGGGGGGGGGGGGGUGGAAGAGAGAGAAAUGAAUUGGUGGCUAAUAUUAUCCAGCAACUCAGUGGACAGUUACAUUUUGAGACACUAUAUGUGAUAAAUGCUGAUUUUAUUUUAUAUAUAAAAAAGGAAAAUAAUUGACUACAGUAUUGCUAACCUAAUUGAACAGGGUUACAUUCCCUGGCUUGUGACCUUUUUAAAUUCACAGCUGUAAACCCUGACACCACUAUAUAUAAUAUUGUACUUCCUAGAAGACUGAGCAAGUAGUCUGUUUUGUUUAAUUUUGUUAUGAUUUCUAAAGCAUUAGUGUUUGGGUUUUUCACUUCCAGGCAUUAUUGGGAAGUUUGUUAUAAUUUAAGUGUGUGUGCAAUUAGGUAGUUUUUUUUUUUUU